AUGGGCCUGGGCUCCUCCAGGACGCGCCGCAGGGUGACCAAGGUGGCCCCGGUGCGAGGUGGGGGCGACUGGCCCGUCCCGACCUACACGUCGGCCCCACAAGGGCAAGAAGCGUYGGAGCAGGAAAGAGCCCCCUUCCCCCGGCAGCUCCCGCCGCUCCGGGAGCCUUGGCACAGCCGAGUCGCUGCAGGGUCCAGACCCCUUUCUUUGAACACCAUGCUGGAAACRGGAGACACCAGCAUCAUUAAGCAGCACCCACCUCGGAGACCUCAAAAGCUUGAGCCUGCUGUUCUUCUCAACACUGAGAAGCUCCCGAGCCAGCAAGACGUGGCAGCGACUCUGAAAGCAAAGGCUCUGGAGAAGAGGGGACAAGCCCUUAGACAGCUCCCUGGCAGACGGCAGCACUUGCACAAGCUGCAGAUGCUUGACUUGAACCGCAGGCGCUGUGAGGCUGAGCUGAAGAGAACUCUCCACAGGGAGGCAAAAAUCAAUAAACAAAAAAUCAAGGAACUCAACCCGAAGAAAGUCCUCAGCAACCUCCAGAGAGGCAGCAGCUCUGAAAGCCAAGACCUCCUCCCUGCUGAGUCCAAUCAGACUUUUAAUGGAGGUGAUGGAAAUACAUGGGAUAGACAAUUCUCAGAGSAACAUAGCAGCCCUGAACCUUCUCCAAGCAAGAGUAAAGUUGACAUGUGGUUCUGCAGGGAGCAGCCCACAAGAGACCUGUUCUGGGAUAGCUCUAGCACUGACUCGGAGGACUGGGAAAGGGAAGGAAAGACGUUUUAUCAUAGACCGACCCUUGUGAGAACCAAGACGGAGAGAAUUCCUCUCUUUGAUGAGUUUAUCUUCCAUAAAGAUUAG